AUGGAGGUGAAUACUACACAAUUAGGACGCAACUUCAUAGACUUGCGCAUCUUUGCAGAGAAACUUCUGUCGUCCGCAAACCGGUCUCAACAAUUUCCGGACAAUGAGACGGACCGCGUCUCCCAAGAGGAUUUGGACGUGAACACAGACAUCUACUCCAAAGUUUUGGUCAGUGUGAUUUAUUUGCUGUUGUUUGUUGUCGGCUGUUUGGGGAACUCGAUUACCUUGUAUACACUUGUCACGAAGAAAUCUCUUCAGAACCUCCAGUGUACGGUGCAUUAUCACCUGGCGAGUCUCGCCAUAUCCGACCUUCUCAUCCUGAUCCUCUGCAUGCCCAUUGAGUUGUACAACUUCAUCUGGGUGCAUCAUCCGUGGGCUUUUGGGGAGGCUGUUUGCAAAGGUUACUACUUUCUGCGGGACGGCUGCUCCUAUGCGACGGCGUUCAACAUCGCCAGUCUGAGCGUGGAGCGCUUCAUGGCCAUCUGUCACCCGUUCAAGGCGAAGAGCAUCAUGUCGCGGAGCCGCACCAAGAAACUCAUCAGCGCCAUGUGGCUAGCGUCUUUUUUGCUGUCCACCCCGAUGCUAUUCACUAUGGGACAGCGUCUCGUGGACAGUGAGUUCAUAUGCACCACCAUCGUGUCCUCGAUAAGUGCCAAAACCGUCCUACAGGUCAAUGCCUUCCUGUCCUUUGUGGUUCCCAUGGCUUUGAUCUCAGCAUUAAAUGGAGUCAUAGCCAGCCAGCUGCUGCGCAGCCUGCGCAUGUUUCAGGAGACGGUUGCUGUUGAGCCCAACCGUGCCCAAUCACUGCGCCAUGGAGUCAUGGUGCUACGUGCUGUGGUCAUUGCAUUUGUGGUGUGCUGGUUGCCGUACCAUGCCCGAAGACUGAUGUUCUGUUACGUCACUGAAUGGACACCUGGUCUCUUCGAUUUCUACCACUACUUCUACAUGGUCACCAACGUGCUCUUCUAUGUCAGCUCGGCCAUAAACCCCAUCCUUUACAAUCUUGUCUCUGCCAACUACCGGCAAAUUUUUUUUGCCACGCUUCGCUACUUCUUCCUGCCAUGCCGCCAUAAAAAACAGAAACGUGUUCUCACAAGACACUCAAUCAGCAUCUGCAGCAACCAGACCUUCUCCACCAACAUCAUCAAGGAGACCAUUUACUGACAGCUGCCAAUAUCCAGCCAUUUAUUUCCUCCAUUUCAUUCAGCAAAGCCAAGGAGAGACCACCAAA